AUGGCGAUGAUCAGCGCGUCGCAGGCUGGCGUCGGUGCGGGACAACAAAACGUAAACGUCGGCGGGUUGUUAGCCGGCAUCGGGGGCGCGCGCGCGCACGGCGCGGAGUUCGGGGCGGUGGACUACGGUAAGCUCGGCCUCGGCGGUCUCGUGGGGGCGAUGGGAGGCGCCGGGUUGGGCGCGCCGGGGGGUGUGGGGGGGGUAGGAGGUCUGGGAGGUAGAGGUCUGGGAGGUUUCGGCGACGUCAGCGGGCUGGGGUAUCCUCUCGGCGGUUUCGCGACCGAGGGCGCGCCGCCGGAUCACGAGGCAGUCUUGAGCGGGAUGCGACGGGCGAUCGCGCGAGCGGACGCGGACGCGGCGGCGGCGAACGCGAACGCGAACGCGAACGCGAACGCGAACGCGAACGCGAACGCGAACGCGGACGCGAACGCGAACGCGAACGCGGACGCGCGCUCCCCGCAGAACUCGGAAGAUACCGCGGCGACGACGGGCCCCGUCGACGCGGAGAUGGACGGGAACGACGGGACGAAGCGCGCGGCGACGAUCGUUCAGGGCGGGAAGAAGAACAAAAACCCCGCGCGAACGACGCGCCACGAGACGGACCCCUCGGACCCUUCCGAGGCCGCCGCCGCGAGGACGAGGACGGAGACGAACGCCGCGCCUGCGAUGGCCGUCGACGCAUCGGUUCUCGAGAGCGCUUCGCGAGCGAUCGCGUCCGCGCGAGCGAGCGGCGGCGGGACGCUGGGUCCCGGGAGCGAGAAACCGUUCGACGCCGAGGGCGUCCUCGCGUGUCUCCGCGCCGCCAGGCAGAGCCCCGUCGGUCUGUCGAUGCCGCCCCACGCUCUCGGGGCGUCGUCGGACCUCGGCCUCGGCGCGGUCGCGCGGCUCGUGAUGGAUUCUGGUUCAUCGUAUCCCGGCGUGCGCGAGAGGAACGAUCAGGAUGACGUCACGUUCGCGAACUUGUACCUCGUCGGCGCGAGACGGGGCGACGCGGCGUCGCAGCACGCGCUCGCGGAGUGUUACCGCCGCGGCCGGGGCGUCGAGCAAGACUUCGAGAAGGCGAUCGAGUGGAACGUGAAGGCGGCGGCGCAGGGAUUGGAAGCAUCGGUCGAGUCGCUGAAGUGGUUGUACUCGAACACGAUAGCGGGGCAACGCGCGCAGUCCGAGGCGGCGGCGGCGGCGGCGGUGGCGAGCGAAAACGAAAAUCCCUUCGAGGCUGGGAAAGUCGGUCCGGUGGAGGAUGUCCCGCCGCCGAGGAUCGGCGUGAUGUCCGGCUUGUGAUGACUCGCGCGCGCUGGCGUGUUGCGUUGUGGUAAUAUACGAGGAGAAGAAACUACGAAACGAAUAGGAGAGGGCUGCUGUGGUCUAACUAAGACCCUAUCGAUCGA